AUGGCCUCCUUUACGAUCAAAGUGCCUUGCUCAUCCGCCAAUAUCGGCCCUGGGUUCGAUGUUAUUGGCUUGGCGCUAUCUAUAUUCCUUGAGCUGCAUGUCACGGUGAAAGCCCCCAGCUCGAACCCAUCAUCCGGUCCUCGAUUAAAUUGCGAAAUAACAUAUGAAGGAGAGAACCCCGAUGAGGUCAGUCUUGACCCGGAAGUAAAUUUAAUCACCAGGGUGGCACUAUACGUGCUCCGGUGCCACAAUCACCAUGCAUUCCCCGUCGAGUGUCACGUACACAUCAAAAACCCGAUUCCACUGGGCCGUGGAUUGGGGUCUAGCGGUGCUGCUGUGACCGCAGGUGUCGUUUUGGGCAAUGAAAUUGGUAAGCUGGGCCUGGAUAAGGCCAGAAUGCUGGACUAUUGCCUUAUGAUAGAGCGCCAUCCCGAUAAUGUUGCUGCUGCUUUGUACGGUGGCUUUGUUGGCACAUAUCUGAACGAACUAAAGCCAGAAGAUCUAGCGUGGAAGGAAAUACCCCUUAGUGAAGUUCUUCCUGCCCCUGCUGGCGGAGUAGAUACUGGCAUCAAGCCACCAGAGCCGCCAGUUGGAAUUGGCCACUACAAGAAGUUUCCAUGGGCGAAAGAAAUCAAGGCGAUUGCUAUCAUACCCGAUUUUGAACUUCCCACAGCUAAAGCAAGAGAAGUCCUUCCUCAAACAUACUCGAGAGCUGACUUGAUAUAUAACCUCCAGCGUGCAACCUUACUUCCUUCAGCAUUGGGUCAAUCUCCCCUUGACCCCGACAUGAUCUAUCUUGCGAUGCAGGAUAAGGUGCACCAGCCUUAUCGCAAGCAUUUGGUCCCUGGGUUGACUGAGAUCCUCAGUUCAAUGAAUCCAACCACCCAACCGGGCCUGCUUGGCAUUUGCCUUUCAGGGGCAGGCCCAACAAUAUUGGCUCUGGCGACGGAAAAUUUUACGCAAAUCGCUGAAAGAAUAAUAAAGACAUUCGAAGCCAAUAAUGUCCAAUGUAAUUGGAAAGUGUUGGAGCCUGCAGAUGAUGGUGCUACCGUAGUUUAUCACAAAUAA